AUGGACCUACAAGAACUACUGGCAAAAGUGCCGUUGUUGCUAUCGUAUCCGACUAUCAUUCUAUCCAGUAAUCUGAUCGUACCUUCCCAUAAUGACCUCAUAUCAAGAGCAACUACAACAUCAGCAGCAGAGUACGCCGGUCAAAGUCCAGCACUUUUCAGCACAGAUCAUGUCAUCAGAUUAGUGUUCCUCCCAAUGUUCGUAGCUUCUUCUUUUAACCUGUUUGCGCACUAUUUUAACUUCGUCAACUACUUCAGCCGAAGGAAGUAUUAUGUUCUAUUUACUGCAGUCUUUCUCAUAUCGAUAUUAACUGCGAUUUUCCACCCAAUUCAGUCAACAUGCAUCACUCUAUUGAUAAUCAAGCUCCUGACUACUGCUGGUGAGUCUUCGUCCACAAUUGCUAUCAAUUUCAAGAUCAUUUUGAAAACGUUUGUUCCCUUCAUUACUAUGACAUUAGUUAUGUUGCGCUGUGAUCCCUCAUUUGACAUUGACGCGGGGGAUAUGAACAAAAUCUUUGCGUCUUUGACAGCAUAUGCUGUCUUAAUAUUAGCGCUAAGGUAUGCAUCGCCGAUGCUAUUAUCAACGUUAUCAAGUAGUAUAGAUGUUGUUUACAAAGACACUGGCAUCGCACAAGAUUCGAUAAGUAGAAACAAGAAAUUUCCUCUAAUGCUCGUAUUACCGUUUAUUUCGUUUGCCCUUUUGUACCUAAUGACCAUCUUUAACAAUACUUACAAUAUCCAAUUAUUGAUGGUGUUUGUGUUUUUUGGAUGUUUAUCCAUCUUCUUUUUGUCUUUAAAAGAUUUGUUCACAGAGGAUGGAAAUCAAAAAAAGAGAGGUCAAGAGGAUGAGCAUUGUCGUAUGUUUGAGACAAAGUACAUGAUUUCCCAUUUUUGGCUGACAAGGUUUACCAUUUUGAUGACAGGUAUAAUGGCCAUUGUAGUGCAUUUUUUAUCCUUUAAUGAAAUUACUUCUUCCAUUAAAACAGAUUUGCUAAGUUUGCUUUUCGUCAUAAUCGCGGAAUAUGGUUCCACUUUCUCUAGCAUACAUCCUGAUUCGCAUUCCCAUAAUCAUGCACAUCAUCAUUCCCAUUUAACCAACUCAUUGCCUCUUGAAAAUGAAAGUAUAUUCAGGCAAAUGGCUCUGAAUAAGGAUACCAGGUCAAUUUUUUCAUUCUUAUUAUUGAAUACCGCUUUCAUGUUUGUACAACUUUUAUAUUCUUUCCGUUCCAAAUCGUUGGGCUUAUUGUCUGAUUCGCUACAUAUGGCCUUAGACUGUACAUCUUUAUUGUUAGGUCUAAUUGCUGGUAUAUUGACUAAGAAACCAGCAAGUGAUAAAUUCCCUUUUGGUCUAAACUAUCUCGGUACCUUGGCAGGCUUCACUAAUGGUGUUCUGUUACUGGGCAUAGUAUGCGGUAUCUUUGUCGAGGCAAUUGAAAGAAUUUUUAAUCCCAUUCAUCUGCACGCAACAAAUGAGUUGUUGGUUGUUGCUACGUUAGGUUUGUUGGUUAACCUUGUUGGUUUAUUUGCUUUUGACCAUGGUGCUCAUGAUCAUGGUGGCACGGAUAACGAGAAUAUGAAGGGGAUUUUCUUACAUAUAUUGGCCGAUACUUUAGGUUCUGUUGGCGUUGUUAUUUCAACAUUAUUAAUCAAGUUAACACACUGGCCGAUUUUCGAUCCAAUUGCCUCUUUAUUGAUUGGCUCCCUGAUCUUACUUAGUGCUCUGCCCUUGUUGAAAUCUACUUCCGCAAACAUUCUACUAAGAUUGGACGACAAGAAGCAUAACCUAGUGAAGAGUGCACUAAACCAAAUUUCAACGACGCCAGGAAUCACGGGUUAUACAACCCCUAGGUUUUGGCCGACGGAGUCAGGAAGUUCUGGGCAUUCUCAUUCUCAUGGACACACGCAUUCUCAUUUAGAGGAUCACGACCAUGGGCAUCAUCAUGAUCAGACAAACGAUUCAGAAGAACCCCCGAGCUUGGUGGGGUAUAUUCAUGUACAGUAUGUAGAUGGCGAGAAUUCGACAAUUAUCAAGAAAAGAGUGGAAAAAAUAUUCGAAAAUGUGUCGAUUAAAGCAUGGGUACAAGUUGAGCCUCAAAAUUCCUCCUGUUGGUGUCGGGCUACUUCUAUGAAUACGGUUUCAACUAACCCGAAUUCUCUACCACUACAACCCAUAGCGAGUUGA